AAAAUUGUAUCAAAAUGUUCUUUAUUCAAAAUAUUUUCAUGAAAAGUAUACAAUAUAUAAAUUAUAUAAAAAUAUAAUAAUUAAAAUCAUUGUCCAAAGUUUGUCAUCAUUGACCAAGAAAAGUCAAUUUGACGAACUUUUUCGUGAUAGAGGUAGUAAUAAAUUUUGUAUGUUUUGUACAUUUUUGUAAUAAUUUCAUUAAAAUAGCUAUUUAUUUAUAAUUACACUUACAUACUAUUGAAUGAAAGUAUAUCUAUUUUAAAGGAUAUACAGUGUGGAACUGUGGACAUGAAAUAAAUAGUGGUGUUAUAUCGACAUAAAUAGAAGAUGUAAUUCCGUCACAGGGUAAUACAGUUGAAGGUGCACUUAUUAUUAUUUUAUUUAGUGUAUUCAGUUAUUAUUAUUUUACCGAUUAGGUAAUGCCGUAAUGUAAUGGUCAAAAGGUACGUAUUCGACGAUUAAAAUUAUUUCUUCCGAUGUGAGAAUACCUUUCAAGUUUCAAAGAAGACAUUUUUUUAUCGUGACGCUCUUAUGCAAUGAGGCUCUUAUGCAAUGACGAUAAACACAUGUCAAAAUCAGUCUUUGUUGCAUGUUGGACUACUAUUAAGCUGUGUUUACUCAUGGUCAAUUUUGUAUUGCAGUGUCAAGAGUUAUCAAUCACAAAUGUUUUAAAGUACAAUAUUCUUAAUACUACUAAUGUUGUUUGCAAAGAAGUGCUUCAAAAUUUGCAAUUUGUUCCUUCGAUGUAGUGGUUACAGUUUGUGUGCUUUUGGAACAUUGUAAACAUUAAAAUUUACUCUUCUUAACUAUUUCAUAUUGCGCAUAUAGAAUAUUACUAUAUAGCUUCAAUUUCUUCACUCUUUUUGAAAUAUGAUUAUAAUUACAAUUAUAAGAAUUAUAAUCAUUUUAUCAAUCUUGGAUUUCAUUACAUUGAUAUAAUUUUUUAUUUUUUUUUGUAUGUUUUGAUUGUAUUUUGUCUCGUGCAUCGGUGAGAAUCUAGUUGUAAUAAAGGGGAGAAGUAAUGCCCGAAUUGUAACUAGGCAUGCACGGCAAUCAACGAAAUCCCCAAUAUAAAUGGAAUUCACUCGUCUCCAUGCCAACAACAUAAUUCCCUGGUUAGCCGUGAUGGAGAUGACCGCCGCCCGACAUCAAAAUCCUCACGGAAAGCAAGUCCAAAGUGGGGAAGGAAAGAUAAUGGUGUUCGGAGAAUGGAACAGAGACCCAAAUGUCAGGCUACAACACCUCAUUGACGCUGUGAAGAGGGAAUCAGAUUCAGCCGGCGGCUGUGCCAGUUGUAGCGAAAAUGGUGCAUGCCUCCAUUCAGCCCAUGACCUGAGAUCGCUUGGAUUAUUCUGGGGGGUUCAGAUGAUGGACAUAAAUUCAGUUAAAAUCACGGUCAAAGACCGGAAGAGAUUCCCCAGCCGGCAUCUCCGCGUCCACGGCGCGAUUAGAUUAUAUAACCAUUCUUAUUUUGAAUACUCUGUUCCUAAAUACGAUGAGUUUUUCUUCAAUGCGAAAGCAGAGGAUGCAAUAAGCAUCCAUCUGGACCGUGACGGAUCCGCCAUCCUUCCGCUGUCCGGUCCGAAACUGGUGUUUCCUCACCUUGGGAUUCCCCUGGCCAUCACUUUCGCUCUCAAGCUGGAAGGUCAGAAUGUGUUUGGACUGCCAGCAGAUCUGUACAACUAUCCUUAUCAUAUGGACCUAAGGGACACGUUUCUCUCUUACCGGGCUGGAGAUGAUCACUUCGUCGCUGCAACUAUUGUAUUUGAGUACAUGUACACUCACAACCUAUCGCGCAACUACCAGAAAGAAACGCUGGUUUGGGGAUACUUGCGACAUCAUGAAGACCCGGAAGAAGAUCUGUCCCAGAUUCCUGUCCAUUUGGUCGUUAACUAUGCUCUUCUCGGGUAUGGCAUCGCUGCUAAAGUGAAGGUCAGAGUAUUGAGAGAAAAUGUGGGGGCCAGCAGAGUGUGGGGCCGUAUUGAAGCGCGUCCUUGCGUGUUUGAAAAAGAAACGGUGCUUUUCCUCAAGAAAAAAUCCGAAGCUGUUGCGGUAGGGGAAGAACAAGAAGGAGAAGAGGAAGAAGAGGGGUCAGUUCCCCUCACCAGAUCAUUAGUGGCGGUGGCGGUGAAUUCAUAUCUGAUAAUCAAAGCGCGGCUGCGGGAUGAGAAUGGGAAUGUGAUUGUGAGCGAGACGUGCUUCUUCCGAGCCUACCCUUUUGGGACAUUCAACGCCACCUUUCCAAAUGUCCGAUUUGAGGUCCAAUGGGACCUGUCCAAUUCCUUUGGACGGUAGUAAGAUGCAUCCUAUGUGUCAUAAGAAAAACAUAGAUAGAAAUAUUUUUUAAUUUAAUAGGAAAAAUCGAUUGUAAUAAUCUCAACUAUUGGCGGUUCGCUUUUAAUAAUCCCAACUAUCGAUUAUCUCAUAAUAAUCCCAACUUUAGUGACUUUCGCCAAUAAUAG